CUGCGACGUAACCCUCAUGACGUACAUUAGGCGCUCUGUAAUCAAAUAGUUUUGAAUCCUGCAAGGUUUUAAUGUAAACGGAUAUAAUUUAUUACUUAUAUCUAUUUUUUUUUUUUGUUUAAUUAGGGGAAUGGGAUCCAAAAUAGUUUCGGACGCCAGCGCAUUUGCUAAAUUUCUAAAGUUGCGUCAAGAUGAAAAUAAAGAGAACUGCACGUAUAUGGAUGAUAUUUCAGUACUACUGGUGGAGAAAGAAGAGCUUUUGCACGACAUAAUCACUGGAAAUCAGCUUAUCUUUGUCUGUGAGAAAGCACAGCCAAAGUGUGAACCUGAAGCUACAGAAACUUCAGCUGAAACCAGUGUUGUUGAAGAUACACUCUUUAAAGUGGAGCAAGAUCUAGGACCUCAGCCAAGCAAGGCUGCAGGUCCAACAGGAGAUGAAACCUCUUUCACCACAUUAGAUGAGCUAAAACAAGAGCACGAGAAAAGACAUCGUCCUUCUACAGUGGCAACCAAAGGCUAUGCACAGUACAACCUGUUUUGCUCCUUAAAAGAGGAGAGCAUGAUGUUUGAGUCCCAGAGCAGUGUAAUAGCGAGUCUCACAUGGAACAAUGUGGAGAAAGUCUUGGAGUGUCCUCCCUUGUCUUCUAAAGCAUCUCUGAAUAUUAAAGUCACAGCUGGAGACCUAAGGAGUCCAUUGUAUCAGACCUACAGAGAGAUGGAGUUCCUCCUGGCUCUGGCAGAGGGCUUGAGAACAGGAGAAACUGAAUGGUUGGAACCACUGGAGACUCAGUCUGCGGUGAACCUGACCAGAGCACUCAUAGAGGAGCUUGAGAAUGUUGCACAAGGAGUACCAGGACAAACUGCUAAAGCUUCUGAGAAACAAAAAGCUAAGACAGAUGCUACAGCAGCCUUCAGCUCAGUGGUGAUUGAGAGAGGAGACCUGGACUUUACAGAACAACUGUGGGAGAGGAUGAGGAAGAGUAAAUAUUAGCUUUGGGAUGUAACAGAAUGCCUGAAAAUUGUUGUCAAAGCAGUGAAACUUGGUAAAAUCAAACCAUGGAUCCACAAAGACAGCAAUAGCACUCUCAGUAAGCUGAUCCUGCAGUCGUACCAGCAGCAGAUAGACGCCAUGCCUCUCACUGGCCUCACACCCGCUAAUAUGCUGCUAGAGCUCGGCCUGGACAAGAUCAGGAAAGACUUCAUCAACUACCUUAUUGGAAAUGAACUUACAACUCUCAACUAUUUGAGUUACUACUUGGACACAGAGGUGGACCUGCAGGAGCAGGUGAUAAGAGUUAGGAAACUGCACCACCUGCUGGAGAUCCUGGGCACCUGCAGCACUUUCCUUAGUCUUCCUCAUGAUCGCCUCUUCCUUUUCACUCAGUCCUGUUUGCAAUACUACAAAACAUCCAACUAUGAUGAGAACCAUGUCUUCCAGCUGCAAAUUAAGCCUGCACUCAUUAGCUACUUUUAUAAAAAGGAGCAGCCAUUCUCUUGGGCUAUGGAGGUGUCGAGUGGACAGGGGUCAAAGGAAGUUAAGACAGCACUGUAUCUCAGUGACAGGCCCCUAGUAGAUCACGUCAGGUUUGACUUAGAUGUACCCUUGGAUGAGUCGGUGAAUGGAGAAAGUGAGAAGAUGUCUUACUACAGGACCAUGGUGAGCUGUAGUCUCAUCAGCUUCACUUAACACCGGUAAGAUACCAUUUAAUGGAAAUAAAUUCACAGAAAAUGUCAUUUUUUUAUUUCACAGAAAAGAAAUAAAGUCCAUAUUUGUUUGUUGUGGUUUUUUUUGUUUUUUUGCAAUGCUUUUACUAUUUACUUGUGCAUAAUACUGUUCAAAAGUAUGGGGUCAUUUUUUUUUUAAUGUUUUUU